CCAGUCAGUUCUCAUUUGUUUACAAACAAUAUUCAUCUUCACCUUCACCUUCACCAUAACCAUAUUCACAGAGAAACUGAAACAUUCUACAAUAUUUCGUGCUCCAAAUUAUAAAGGGUAUUAAAAGGUUAGUGUAUUGGAAAGCCGCCUGAAUGAAUAACUAAAAUGUAAGUUUUUUUUUACUUUUACUAUUUUCAAACAAUACUUUAAAUGCGUGAUUUGUGUAAAUUUGAGACUUACAGAACAAGAUAGCAACAUUACAUAUAAUGAAGAUAACUAUUUUAAUUUUAUCCACAUUAAUAUAUUCUGUACAUAACUAUAAUGUCCUUAUAGUUUGUCCUAUGGUUUCACGUAGUCAUUUUAUUCUUGGAAAUGCACUAGGAAGAGGUCUUGUAGAAGCUGGACACCAAGUAACAGUAGUUAGUCCUUAUGAAGAUAAAAACCCGCUAAAAGGUUAUAAGGAUGUAGUUUUAACAGGUUUAGUAGAAGCAAAAGAUGGUCCAACUAUUGAAAUGGGCAACAUAAGUCCUUUCAUAAUGAUUGGAUUUAUCAAUUUUAUGGGCAGCCAAAUUACUAAUGCCGCUCUUAGCCAUGAGAAUUUUAAGAAGUUGAUUAACUCAAAUGAAAAAUUUGAUGUAGUAAUUGUACAAAAUUUCAAAUCAGACGCUCUCAAUAUUCUUCAAUGUCAUUACAAUGCUCCAUUAAUUGUCUUUGGUGUAACUGGACCAAGUUUCUGGGUAAACCCUAUAGUAGGCAGUCCACUUGAACCAUCGUACUUUCCAGAUUUCUUCUUAGAUUACGACAGUAACAUGAAUUUGUGGCAAAGAACAGUAAAUUCAGUUUUACUUCUAUGGAACUAUCUCAUUAAACACUUAUAUUUUAUGCCUCAGCAAAAGAAGUUAAUGAGUGAACAUUUUCCAAAAUGCACAGACCAGGAUGCUGCUUUUUAUAAUGCUUCACUAGUGUUUCUGGUAAAUCAUGAAAGCGCCAAUCAACCUAUGCCUCUAGUACCCAAUAUGAUCAACAUUGGUGGUCACCACGUGAAGCCUGCAAAAGAGUUACCUAAAGAUCUAAAAGUAUUUAUGGACAAAGCCAAAGAAGGAGUUGUCUACUUUAGUCUUGGUACGAACGUUGAUCCUACUAAGAUGGCGCCUGAGAUACUAAGAGCUAUAGUUAAUGCUUUAGGAAAACUAAAACAAAAAGUUCUUUGGAAAUACGAUGGAGACGUACCAAAUUUACCCAAGAACAUACAACUUGGAAAAUGGUUUCCACAAAGAGAUUUAUUAGCUCAUCCCAAUUUAAAACUCUUCAUUACACAUGGAGGCUUGCUAAGUACUUUGGAGACAGUUUACCAUGGAGUUCCUAUAUUGGCCUUGUCGGUAUUCGCAGAUCAGAAGAUGAAUGCAGCUAAAGCACAAGAAGCAGGCUAUGGAUUACACCUUCCUUUUCUAGCAAUAACUGAAGAUAAAUUAACUAAUGCUCUACACGAGGUACUAACAAAUCCAAAAUACAGAGCAACCGCCAAAAUCAGAUCAAGUUUAUUCCAUGAUCGUCCCAUGAAACCGCUAGAUCUGGCAAUUUAUUGGACAGAAUUCGUAAUCAGGCAUAAGGGGGCGCAUCACCUGAGAGUGGCAGCUUUGGAUUUGCUAUGGUACCAAUACCUUCUAUUAGACGUUAUUGCAGUUGUGACAAUUAUUAUUUUUAGUGUAUUUACAGUAUUAUACCUAUUAUGUGUUAAGCUGUGUUGUUCAAAACGAAACAAAAAGACCAAAAAAGAGUGAUCCUUUUUAACAUAAUGUGUUUUUAAAUAAACAAAAAAUACUCAUUA